CUGGGGAAGGAGCUGGACUUUACUUCUCCGGUUAACCUGGCUCUGAGCCUGAGCUCUGAGCUGUGUGUAGCUUCUGGUGGGCUGACCUCUGCCUGCCACCCCCCAUAUCUGCCUCCAGGCUUCUGGCCUGCGGUCGGUCCCAGGAGCCAUGGACCCCAGAGAAUUCUGCAGAAAGAGCGCCAAGGUCUGGCUGUGCUCGAUCCUGCUUUGUGCUGUACUUCUGGGCUUCUAUAGCCAGGUUACACACAGAGUGGUUCUGCGGCAGAUGCAGCUGGGGAAAAAGGAGUCCAGUGAAGGUGACUGUCACCUGGACACCUGCAGGAUACCUGAAGUACCCAGGUUGCUUUACCCCAAGGCCCAGCUCCUCAAGCCCACGAGAGUGGAUGUGCUGGUCAUGACUCCCUGGUUUGCACCCAUCAUCUGGGAUGGAACCUUUGACUCUGCCAUCUUGGAUGCGCAGUUCAGAAACAUCACCAUUGGGCUGACCGUGUUUGCCAUCAAAAAAUACGUGGUCUUCCUGAAGCUCUUCCUGGAGACGGCCGAGAAGCACUUCAUGGUGGGACACAAGGUCAACUACUAUGUCUUCACUGACCAGCCGGCGGCUGUGCCCCAGAUCCCCCUCCAGGAAGGGAGGCAGGUGGUGGUCCUCGAGGUCCGAAACUACAAACGCUGGCAGGACAUAUCCAUGCACCGGAUGGAGAUGAUCAGCAACUUCUCCCAGCAGCGCUUCCUCCGCGAGGUCCAUUACCUGGUGUGCUUGGACGUGGACAUGAAGUUCAGCGACCACGUGGGCGUGGAGAUCCUGGCACCUCUCUUCGGGACCCUCCAUCCUGGUUUCUACGCAGGUGAUCGCCAGUCCUUCACCUAUGAACGCCGACCCUUGUCUCAGGCCUACAUUCCAAGAGAUGAGGGUGAUUUUUACUAUGCGGGAGGCUUUUUUGGGGGGUCGGUCCCUGAGGUUUACCGGCUCACCGUGGCCUGUCAUCAGGCGAUGAUGGCCGACCAGGCCAACGGCAUCGAGGCUGUGUGGCACGAUGAGAGCCACCUGAACAGGUACCUGCUGUACCACAAGCCCAGCAAGGUGCUGUCCCCCGAGUACCUGUGGGACGAGCAGAUGCUGCAGAGACCACCUUUACUCAGGAAACUUCGAUACGUGGCUGUGCCCAAGAACCACGCAGAGAUUCGGAACCGAUGAGAACACACUUCCCAAGAGCCCACGUUACCAGGCUGUAGCGCAUGUCAGUGGUUCUGCUGUCUUGAUAAGGGAUUGGCCAAAGAUUUGAUGACGUGGAUGAGGCCGUCUCUUUGUUUCCUCCUCUGGAGGGUCUCCCAUCACUCAUCAAACAAACCCAGCUCCGGGUUUUCAUUCCCUCCUAAUCCUGCAUUCUCUUUAAAUGUGACUGAGCCUUCAAGGUCUCUACAAGGUCACCUGUUAGGAAGCUGUCUUUGGUUCUCUCUUCUUCCUGCGGUUGAAGUGAAUUGCUCUUCCCUCUGCAUUUCCAUAAAGUACUAAGUGUAUUCUUUGGCUA